AGAGCAGAGCUCACAGGGCAGAGCCGCCUCCCGCCCCGCCGCCGCAGAGCCCGCGUGCAGCUCCGCGCCUGCGCUGGGGCCGCGCGUGCGGGCCCGCCUCGCUCCGUGGCCGCGGCUGCGACUGCCGGUGCCGAACCGUCUGAAAAUGUCUCAGAAUCCUGACAAGCCAUCUUCAAGUGGAGAAAAGUCGAGUAGUCUGGAGGAUGGUCAAGAGGAGAGCUUGGACAACCCGGAUCAGUCUGUCAGAGAAAGGAUACAUCAGAGUGCUCCAGGGUCACACAGGGAUGAUACACUGACGUCCAGUCCUCCUCGGCCUGUGUCAGUAGAAGAGCUCAUGGAAACUGCCAGGGGAGUGGCCAGCAUGACAUUAGCACAUGAAAUUGUUGUUAAUACAGACUUCCAGAUAAAACCACGUGAAUUACCAGAACACAGCUUAGAAAAAAAUGUGAGACAUAUUGUGCAUAAAGCUUUCUGGGAUUCUCUGGAAGCUCAGUUAAAGGAAGAUCCACCGACAUAUGACCAUACAAUUAAACUACUGGGAGAAAUUAAAGAGAAUCUCCUGUCUUUACUGUUGCCUCAUCACACUAGACUGAGAAAUCAGAUUACAGAAGUUCUUGAUCUAGAUUUGAUAAAACAAGAGGCAGAGAAUGGGGCCCUUGACAUUUCUAAGUUGGUUGAAUUUGUUAUUGGGACGAUGGGGACCCUUUGUGCUCCAGUUCGAGAUGAAGAAAUUAAGAAACUGAAAGAUAUUAAUGAAAUAGUUCCUCUGUUCAGAGCAAUUUUCUCUGUAUUAGACCUGAUGAAAAUGGAUAUGGCAAACUUCAAUAUCAAUCGUAUUAGGCUAAUGUUAAUGCAGCAGUCUGGUGAAUAUGAAAGAGAGAAGUUUCAGGAGUUUCUUGAGAAACAGCCAAACUCUUUAGACUUUGUCACAAGGUGGCUGCAAGAAGCAGCGGAUGAUCUGGCAAAGAUGCAAAGUAAAAUGCCUCCUUGCUGCAGUGAUGGUGGUGCCACCGGUGGAGCUUCCGCCCUGUGUUCCACUGCUGUACAAAAUCUGGCCUAUCUGAAGCUCCUAAAGUGGGAUCACGUAAACAAGCCUUUUCCAGAAACGGUGCUAAUGGACCAGACCCGCUUCCAGGAAAUACAGCUGGAGCUGGAGCAACUCCUCAUGAUCGGGACAGUCCUUCUGGUCACUUUCAGUGCAGCAGGCUCGGCACUUGUUGAUAUACCUGGAGUUGCUGAGAAAAUCAAAACCAUUACGAAGGUGCUGCUGACAGGAAUGCAUCUCCCCUCCUUUAACCUGAAGGAAUCUUUGGCUACCAUCGGUGAAAAGCUGUGUGCUGAAGUUAACAGCUGCCUUUCCCAGCACGGGUUUACACCAUUCUCAGCUGAGAGAGAGACUGUAUUCAAAGGACAAAUCCAAGCAGUGGCCAAUCCGGACAAUGCCAUAUGCAAGCUAAUAGAUUCUCGAAUUCAGAAGUUUCUGGAGAAUUAUCUUGCAUCCAGUCACCAGAAAUCCUUACCUGCCGUUCCUGGAGGAUUAGGCCCUAUCCAAAGAGAGCUGGAAGAGAUUGCUGUCAAGUAUGCUCGUCUUGUCAACUACAACAAAAUGGUCUUCAGGCCUUACUACGAUGCAAUCCUUGGCAAAAUACUGUCUGAGGAAGAAUCCCAACUUGUAGGGAAGUCAGAAGAAUUAUAAAACCAGUCAGUAUGCUACGGUAUUAACUGUGUGAGCUGUUUUAAAUUGCACCGAUAUUUGUCUAGGAAAACAGCUUUCCAUGUAAAUAUUGAUUCCUUUUAAUUUAUUGGUAGUGAUUGAGGAGGAAAAAAACCCAUGAGAUGCAAAUGGAAAAUGAUGAGAGGGAGAGGUGCAUUUUUAAUGUAGGUAUGUAACCUGCGGGGAUGUCUUGGUAGUUUUCUGGCUGCAAUUUUUAGAUUUUUGGAGCUGAUGCUGGGUAGGACAAGUUGAAGAACACAACUUUGCAUUUAAGCAGCUCAUUAGCAGCUCUGCAGAGAAGGGCUUGGGGAUGUUGGUCGAUGAGAAGCUCGACAUGAGCCAGCAAUGUGCGCUCACAACCCAGAAGGCCAACUGCAUCCUGGGCUGCAUCAAAAGGAGUGUGGCCAGCAGGUCGAGGGAAGUAAUUCUGCCCCUCUGUUCCUCUCUUGUGAGACCUCAUCUGGAAUCCUGUGACUAGUUCUGGAAUCCUCAACGUAAGAAGGAUAUGGAGCUGUUGGAACAGGUCCAGAGGAGGGCUACAAAGAUGAUCGGAGGGCUGGAGCACCUUCCCUAUGAGGACAGGCUGAAAGAGUUGGGCUUGUUCAGCCUGGAGAAGAGAAGGCUCAGAGGAGAUCUUAUAGCAACUGUCCAGUACCUGAAGGGGACCUACAGGAAAACUGGAGAGGGGCUAUUCAUAAAGGCUUGUGGGGAUAGGACCAGGGGGAAUGGGUAUAAACUGGAGAGGCAGAUUUAGACUGGACGUUAGGAAGAAUUUCUUCAGCAUGAGAGUGGCAAGGCACCGGAACAGGUUGCCCAGGGAAGCUGUGGCUGCCCCAUCCCUGGAGAUGUUCAAGGCCAGGUUGGAUGGGGCCUUGGGCAGCCUGGUCCUGUGGGAGGUGUCCCUGCCCAUGGCAGGGGGGUUGGAACUAGAUGGUCUUUAAAGUCCCUUCCAACCCUUACUAUACUAUGAUACUAUUUUAGGGCAUUUUACUCUAGUUUACCGAGUAUUUAGUUUAAUUGACCCAGAGCAGAUGAGCAAUGGUCCUUCCCAGGAGGCAUGAUUUGGCUUUAAUUAAAAAAAAAAAUCUUACUUUAGGGACUUAAGAAGUUAAAAUUCCAGAUAAGGGAAACUUUAACAGGCAAAAAACAAAGCCAAACAGCACUUUAUUGUAACAUUAUGGUUAGUGUGGUAAGCUACUACUUUCUUCUGCAUUUUACUGCAUUUUUAAUAGCGUUUUUUUGCUGUUUACAGAUGUUACAGGUGGUUUUGCAGAUGUUACAAAACACCUAUUUUUGUAGCAUAUUUUCAGGUUAUUGGUUAACUGUCGUUUACAGAUGUUACAGAUGUUUUUGCAGAUGUUACAAAACAUAAUAUAUUUUUGUAGCAUAUUUUCAGGUUAUUGGUUAACUGUCCUCUGCUAUGUACAGUUUUUCCAAAGGUGGCAAUCUUAUAGAUUGCAGCUGUAUUUAUCUCCUGUAAAGAAUUCAGAAGGGCAGAGCUAAAACAUUUUGAUAAAAGUGGCGUUUCUUACCUUUCUUUUGCUAGUAGUUUACUCCUUUUUAUGUGAAAUACUAAUUUUAAAGUAAAUCUUAGUGAUUUUCAGAAAGUGGGUUUAAAGUGUGGGAAACUUUAGGAUGACAAUUUUACUUGUUUUUUUAAAACUACAACUGGAGAUGGUUGCAUUCUAUCAAAGUACUCAAAAAUAUCCAAGAAGUGCAGAGCACUAUCAGAAAGUUAAGUGAUUUUAAGGUACUGUGAGAUGUGAACGAUUUGUUAGUUUGAAUAUACAGAGAAUAUUUUCAGUAGGAGAUUUUUUUCGCUUUGUAGAGGUGUUCUUGAAACUUAAAGUGUUUGUAGGUCUUGAAUUUAAUUAACUACACAUUGUAUAGAUGAGUGCUCACCGAAGAGCUGAAUGAUCUUACAGCCUUAUUGCCAUUUCAGGCUCAGCUAGGAGGGAAGCACAUUUGAAUUUUCCUCUUGUUGAGCACAAAGCUGUAGUAUAGUAAUCAAAAUUUGAUGAUUUAUGAAAGCAAAGUUUAUAGUUAUGAAGUGCCCCAAGUACUCAACUGUCCAAACCAGAAUGAAUUGUCCUCUAAAAACCAAACCAGGAUGUGUUUUCCUCUAAAAAAACAUUAUUAUAUAAAAUAAACAGAUAGACCCUUUUAUUGCUGAUAUCCAGGUUCACAUUAUUAAUGAACUAGGCAACCAAAAUAACUUCUAGAAGGAAGCAGUUGAUUGUGAAUUAGUGUUGAUACUUCUCUUUCCAGUUUUCCUUUAAAUGUCAGCAUGGACAUGGCUGCACUAGUGGUGAGUUUGGAGGAAGGAUAGGUAAGACUUUUUAUUCUGUAUCAGCUUGUGCAACUAUAAAACGAAUAAUUUCUCGUUCAUUACUAACUCCCUUUCUCAAGGGAAAAAAAUCCACCCAAACCCUGUAAGAACUUACAGGCUCCGACAAGUGAUUUUUCUCUUGGCUAGAUGCACUAGGACAGUAACACGGGCGUCUGUCUGUGCAUCUUUGAUAACUUGAAGACGAGUAGGUUGGUUAGCCAGAAAGAAAUAGUUCUGAGUAGGUUUUUGGGUGGUCUAGUUCAUUGUUUGACUAAGCAGAGGAUACUACAGAGGUCUACAAGAUUGCUGCAUCUGCUUACUGUAAUUUGUUACUAGCGCAGGAUCCACCUCAAAAUACAGCCCAUAGGUCUGCAGCUCCAAAAAAUGAAUUCAGUUGUCUGCAUAACAAGAGCUACCAGAAACUUUAUUGCUAGGGAUAUAAAAAAAUAAAUAACGCGGACAAAGCUGUCGUCAUUUUUGUUAAAUGAGUUGCAGGCGUUAUAAAUUGCUUCCGUUAUUUUGUACUUUAGUAUUGCUGCCCCUGUGAUUUAUGCAUACUACAAAACAGUAGGCAGUGAUGAUCUCAAGGGUUUGGGAACAUCAUAGGGAAACAACGUACUUAGAGGUGGCUUUGAGAAGUAUGUGGCUGCUGCCCGAAUGGGUGGGACUGCAGGAGCGAUAGAUAAAAUGGACUUGAGUCACAUAGGAGAUGGCUGCUAACAGCUCUGGCAUUCAGGGUGCAGAUGUCUGUGGCUGCCAACUUCUGCUUACUCUGACAUCAAAGCGUGGAUUGUGCUGCUGCUGGCACACGCGUGUUGCUUGUAGGGCCAACACAGUCAGUCUCAUCUCCCCUUGCAGUAGGGGUUUCCUGUAGAAAGACCUGCAGCACCACAUUUGGAACAAGUGCCUUUGUGGUGGGUGGUGUAGGCCUUCCUGUGUCCAAGAGCUAAAGAGGCUGUAAUAACUGCCUGCAAGUGCAAAUCACAUCAGUGAUUUUCCUGGGUUGUUUUUGAAAUUAUAGUGGUUGUCGAAUAGUUUCUGUAUAGCUUCUUUAAAAGAAAUAGGGAGAUUUGAUAAGUGGCAAAGCAGAAAAGAAAUGCUAGGGUGGACAAGGUCAGACCCUGCCUCCAUCUAAACACUUCUAUGGUUACACAUGUGCUGUUUAACUGCUGACCUACAGUCAUCCGUGCUGCUGGGGGCAGGAAUGUCUUUCACUUGUCCAAGUAUCUGAAUUUCCCAUAGUCAGUUACAAGUAAAAAUCUAAAAUAUGCAUAGAAACUGUUUUGAAAGUUCAUACAGUCUUUUGUUUGCUUGUUUGACAACAACAGGUUAACCUCUGUAGUGAGUAUAUUAACAUUUAGCAUUGUGCAUUAUUAAGUGGAAAACUAAUGCAGUCAUCCAGGAAGAGACUGUGGUAGCUCAUACUCCUGGACAACCCACGUGAUCUGUACCGAGUUUGUCUUAAGAUGCUGUCUACUUUAAACAGUUGUGGAACUAAACGCAAAAAGUAUACUAUAUCCUGUAGAGAAAUGGAAGAAAAUCUAAUUCUGAUAUGUACGCUCGGAUCAAUUUCCUGUGAUGGUCAUAUUAACACGGCUUUUGAAGUGGCUGAGUGCUGCGAUUGACGACCCGGCCUCUGUUUGGGUGCUGCUCUAACUCCGAGCUUCUCCUUUGAGUGCU